AUUAUAUAAAACCGUCAAUUACGCACAGUGUUAUGGCCAUAACUUAAAAUAAUAAAGGAAUUUAGUUAUACAUUUAUUGGGAGAAUUUUCUCUUAGUAAGCUACCCCGUCUAGCCGUAAUGGCUUGGCGCUCACUCCUAAUAGUUCCCGUUCUUAGACCUGAGUCUUCAGUGAUGGGGGAGUCUUCGGGCAGAGGUCAGGUCACCUUUGACGAGAACCACGUCAACAUCAAACUUCCCAACAGGUGUCGGAGAUGCCAGUGCUACAGCGAGGACCCCGACGCUCCUUCCCUGAGGGAGAGUUACGUUAUUCUUCUGCGACGGAUGAUGACGAACUCCCCGGGGGACGCGUGUUUCCUGGUGUGCCUGGCACUGCCGAGCCUGGCACUGACGGUGGUGUCACUGUUGCUGCUGCUCCUGGCUGGCUACCGCACCGUGGCCGGAGCUCUGUUCCACUGCGGCAUCUUCCUCUGCCUGGUGUGGGUGUUUGUGGUCAGGUACUUCGGCCAUCGCUACUCCAAAGUCUAUUCCACAGAGCAUGACCUUCUGUGCCUCAACGCCGCUAGGAUUAUAUGAGGCUACGGAGAGCUAUGUCCCAACUUGGCUGUGCUUGAAAAUCUGACAGUUUGUUGUUGAAAGUCUGUCUGUGUGUGUGUGUGUGUGCCAGUUAGUUGUGACAUUUGUUUGUGAGUGGGUCAAUUAUAUUGGGACUUGAUCAAAUUGCAAAAAUUUUGGCAGUAUUUUUACAUUUACUGACAAAAUCCUGCUUCGGCAUUGUUUACAACGUUAACAAAAAGCAGGUCUAUGAUUUGUGGACAGAGAGUGUACAUAAUUAAGUGUUCACACUUACACUGAAGGCACAGGUUUUAUUUAACGGAAGAGCACAUAUUCUCUUCAUCUUGGAAAAUAUACUAUGUCUCUACAUAUUACAUUGUCGAUGAUUUAAAAAUUAAGUUUUUACUCUUCAUAUUAUAUAUAUAAUCCUAAU